AUGGCUGAAACUAGAGAUGCGAGAAAUCAGGAGGCUCUUAUUAAGGAAAUCCAGGACCUAACUACGCGAUUAGCACGGCUUGAAGCUAAGUGCGCUACGGCGGACAAAUUACCCUCGGCAAAAGAUGAUGAUUUGAAAAAAGAAACGGAACAUGAUACGGAAUCGAAAAAGACACACGAACCCUGGAGAGUGAAAUUGGUCACAAACCGUCGGGAUCCAAGCUCUCAAAGCGGCGAGAGGAAAGAUUUUGAAGAAACUCAGGCUCCGGAGCCAGACAAACUUGACGGCCAAGAAGCUGCUUCUAUCCUCAGGCUAGUUAUAUAUGACUCGAAGGAUUCAGGGAAUGCGGACGGGGGGUAUGGCGAAUUGGAGAUACUGAAUCAACGUCUUCGCGAAUUGCUCAAAGGGCUUCUUGCACAUCAUCCUACACAUGAUUUCUAUGGCCAGUCUGUAAAAAUCAGAUCACCGUAUGAGCCUCUUAUCAUGAACUUGGACCUCCUCAUUGAGGAAGCGAAAAGAGAUCCUGAGAAUGAGGAGGACAACAUCGCAAGAAGAGGCCUGGAUCAAAUCCUCAAACUCCUUCAACAGACCAGUGGUGAUAUGCAACUAGACGAUUAUCUGAAAAAUAGAGAAUCGCUGACUAAAUCAAAAAGUAUUACGUACGACACUCUAUGGACUAUUUUUCCCCCGGGGACAAUUGUCUAUGGCCGUCCUUACUUCAAGAACGACCAAGUAUUUAUCGUCCAAGAUACCGAAGAGUUGUGGCCGAGCGAAAAGGAGUGGUUUAUCUUUUGCCUGACUUACGACUGGGACGGACGAGUCUUCAAGCGAAAGCCUAUCAGAUUGGGUAUUCCUAGGUUCCGAGGAACGAAGUCCAUCUCUUCUCUUCCGUAUUACCCACUAUCCGAAGCCAAGGAUGCAGAGGAAAUCAAGCAAUUAUUAAUUGAACGUGGGAAAUUAUAUCGAAAUUUUUGCACUGCAGGUGACGGCGAGAAGCGGUUCAAUUAUAAUGGAGUAGCUAUGGCGGAUAAGUUCGGGUUUCGAGGCCAUAAAGAAAACUGGGCUUCAGCAUUCAAACGCAUGAUGAUGGGCGAUCCCGACGAUGAAGAUACCGAACCAGGACCCAAAGAACUUAUCGUCAAAGGCGAAGUGAUGAUCGAUUUUGAGUCAUAUUAUCUACAUGGUCCACAGUUUAGGCGUAUUGGAGACUUAUACAUAGGUGAUGAGUCUGAUGAAUGCACUUGCUCACAGUGUAGAGAUAAUAUGGCCUUGGCAGAGACAUACCAUCGUGAUUUCGACGAAACAACAGGUACUGGUGAUUGGGCCGACUUACAGUUCAUGCUCUGCCCUCCAAGAAUAUUAGGAUACAUACUCCGCGAGAAGCAAUGGGCUCAGCUCUACAUUAGGUACAUCAAGCCCAUCAAAGAUAAUGACUCUACAUUUAAAUCAAGCCUUCACCUAAAAGGUGACUCCUAUCUCAGCGAAACAGAGAUGAAAGAUCUAUUACUAGAUCUAGUCAAGACUCAUGGUCAAGGCCAGGUUGCUGAUCUGGUACAAGAUAAAGGGAAGGGACUCGUAAUUCUACUAUAUGGGAAUCCCGGAGUUGGGAAAACAUCGACGGCGGAAACACUGGCCGCUGCAGCAGGUAAAACACUGUUCAGCAUCGGAGUAGGAGAUGUUGGAACUAAAGCUCAGGAUGUCGAGUCCAACCUGAGGAGAAUAUUCGACCUUGCUACAAAGUGGAAAGCCAUUCUAUUAAUAGACGAGGUAGACGUCUUCGUACAAAGUAGAGGCAUUGGUCAUCAGGGUCCAACGACAGAGCGAAAUGCUCUUGUUUCAGUCUUUCUUCGUGUUCUUGAAUAUUUCCAAGGUAUACUCAUAUUGACUACGAACCAAAUUGCCCUAUUCGACGUCGCUGUUCAAUCUAGGAUACAUAUCGCGAUCAAGUACACCGAAUUGGAUAAAGCUCAGUCCAUCGCGAUAUUCGUACAACGUUUGAACCUAUAUAAUGAUAAGGGGCUUGUGGAAGAAUAUGACAAGAUUGAGCGAUUUGGAAGAACGGACCUUUAUAAGAAAAGACUUGACGGCCGGCAGUUACGGAACCUCUUGGCCUCGGCCAUGGGUCGAGCUCAAGCCCGGCAGAACGGCACCGGUAAAAUGAGAUUAGACGAUAUCGAGAUAAUCAUUAGUAUCAUGACAUCGUUUAAAGGGGAUCUGGAAUACCAGACAAGAAGAUACCAAGGUAAAUUCACUUAA